UGAAAGUGGUUUUCCCCCAAGUUGGCAGUUCCUUUCCAAUUGUUGUAAAAAACUAAAUAAAAUUGCAGUUUUGCGAACUUUCAACGGCUUUAAAACCACAAAUUAAAGGGUGUGCAACGCGUAUAAAAGUGCAAAAGAGAUGCCAUUGGGUCAGGGCCACUAGCGAAGGUCAUCAAACGGGCAGCAAGGGCAAACACAAAGGAAUAACUUGUCGCCAGCGAUAACUUGAAGGUCACCAAAGUGUCUGCCUACGAAAGCAUGGACUUGCAGCAUAUGGAGAAUGGCCUGAAUGGCCAUGGUGGUGGCGGGGGAGGAGGAGUUGGAGGCGGGGGUGGUGGCCUCAGCGAAAUAGAUUUCCAGAGAUUGGCCCAGAUCAUAGCCACCAGCAUCCAAAAGGUCCAGCAGAAUGUGUCUACUAUGCAGCGCAUGGUCAAUCAACUGAACACGCCCCAGGAUUCCCCGGAACUCAAGAAGCAGCUCCACCAAAUAAUGACCUACACCAACCAGCUGGUGACCGACACAAACAAUCAAAUCAACGAGGUGGACAAGUGCAAGGAGCGCCACCUGAAGAUCCAGCGGGACAGACUGGUCGAUGAGUUCACGGCGGCACUGACCGCCUUCCAGGCUGUCCAGCGCAAGACGGCGGACAUAGAGAAGACGGCGCUGCGGCAGGCGCGCGGAGAUAGCUACAACAUCGCCCGUCCACCAGGCUCCUCGCGCACCGGCAGCUCCAACAGCAGCGCCAGCCAGCAGGACAACAAUUCCUUCUUCGAGGACAACUUCUUCAAUCGCAAAUCGAGCCAACAGCAACAGCAGCAGCAGGCGCAGAUGCAGGAGCAGGUGGACCUGCAGGCGUUGGAGGAGCAGGAGCAGGUCAUCCGGGAGCUGGAGAGCAAUAUUGUGGGCGUGAACGAGAUCUACAAGAAGCUGGGCGCCCUGGUCUACGAACAGGGACUGACGGUGGACUCCAUUGAGUCGCAGGUGGAGCAGACUAGCAUUUUCGUAUCACAGGGAACGGAGAAUCUGCGCAAGGCGAGCUCAUAUAGGAACAAAGUGCGCAAGAAGAAGCUGAUCCUGGUGGGCAUCCUGAGCGCCGUGCUGUUGGCCAUCAUCUUGAUACUCGUCUUUCAGUUCAAGAACUAAGCCGACUCCGAAUUCGAAUCAUUCAAACCAAACUAGCAAAUUGUUGUGAAAAGACAAGAGUUGCCGCAUGCAGCAGGCCCCUAACCCCCGUAAUUCCCCACCCACUCCUUUUGGACCUUAGGCGAGAUUGUGGCUUGAAUCCUUAAACCAACUUCCAAUGUAUUGGCUUGAAAUCGAGGAGUAUUCACCGGCACGUGCAUAUGUUAUAUUCGCUUUAAAAAUUAUCU